ACCUGUCAUUGUAAUGAAUGAAUGAGAAGACGGAGGAAGAAUGCAGUGUUUUCAGUUGCCGGUUUCUCCCCAAAGGUUUAUGCGGCCAGUGAGGACCCUGUAGCACCUGCUGAUCCCUCCGAGCCUUGACGUCAGCGCGGUAAACGAGCUCUCCGGUGCGCGGCGGCAGCGGUGCCCAGAGGCGCAGCGUCCGUCCAGCGCACAAGGCAGGCGGCUGCGGCGGCGGCAGCAGCAACAACAGGAGCAGCAGCAUCCCUCAGCCCAGACCUGCAAAGCGACCGUCUCAGACCGGGACACACCAACACCCCGCACAGGUUCUCAACCCUCCGCCAUGUCCUCUGCUGUCACCGAGACCGAGGAGUCGGCGCGCAGCUCCCCGCUGACGCCGCUCAAGCUGGUCGGGCUGGUGUGCGUCUUCCUGGCGCUCUGCUUGGAUGUCGGAGCCGUGAUGAGCCCAGCGUGGGUGACUGCUGACGACCAGUACUACCUUUCCCUGUGGGAGUCCUGCUGGAAACCGGUGAGCACCGAGGACUGGCAGUGCAGCAGCUCGCUGAGCUUCGACUGGCAAGUUGCUACCCUAGCCCUGUUGCUAGGGGGCGGAGCCCUGGUGCUGAUGUCAUUCCUCGUCGCUCUGGUUGCUGUAUGCAUCGGCACGAGACGGCAGUUCUACACACCCGUGGCCAUCAUGCUCUUUGCUGCAGUUGUCCUGCAGGCCUGUAGCUUGGUCCUCUACCCAAUCAAGUUCAUCGAGAGCAACAACCUGAGGAUCUACCACGAGUUCAACUGGGGCUACGGCCUGGCUUGGGGAGGCACCAUCUUUUCCUUUGGUGGGGGAAUCCUCUACUGCCUCAAUCCCAAGAACUACGAGGAGUUCUACUAGCUCCGAUUCAAGCCGGGAACCCUCUGGUCACAUGAUAGUCGAGGUGAAGAGGGGGCUUUGGAUUGGGGGAACGGGGAGGGGGUUGUUCAUUGCCAGCUCAAUUCCCACGAACUCUAAGGAAUACUGUACAUCAGAUUUGAGCCAAUGACUGUAUGACCACAAGCUUUGGGGAAUAAAACAAGUGGUCAAGAGGUUCCUUCCCUCAGUUAGUGAUUGCUGAGGCUGGUAGGUGUUUUGCACAGAUUGUCCUAUCUAGGGAGGGAUUGGGGGGUUGGGUAGGGGCUGUACUGGUUUAUUCCCAGGACAGAGGACUGACAACCCUGCAGUAACACAGGAUGGAGGCUAACGGGGAUACCAACACCUCCAUUCCAAACUGCAAGAACUGCUGUUAUUGUGUCAUAGCAACCCAACCUAACGACUCUGUUCUUUGGAAAACAGGAUCUGAGACUGGGAUGAUCUGGCUGUAUGUUUACACACACAAGCAACGACAAGUGUAUCUCUACAUGUUGACAUCUAAUCCUCGGGCUGGGUUUUUACUCCCCAAUCCCCAGCGUCUCGAGUGCAUCAUCAUCGUCAGCGCUUUGUUAGGAGCUGUGUCGUUUCUUUUUCAGAGCUUCUUCAGAGAUCUUACACUUUGACGAGGAUGUGGAAGAGGAUCUGACGCUUUCAGUUACGCCUCAUAACUUUUCAUAAGUUUGAUAGAUUCCUCUCGAGGGGAAGGUAAGACGGGAUGGAAUAAAAUAAAGACACCCACUCAAUAUUCUGUUAUCGACCCACUUGUCUGUUACCGCGGCAACCCACAGGGUCUGGGCAUGCAGCUGUCAUGAUUGAUUAGCCGUGGUCGGAGGUGUGAGACGGGACGGUGCUCAACUGCCUCCAAGGGUCUGCUAAAUUUCGAUUGAGCCGAGAUUCUCCGCACCGUGACAAUCGGAGCAUCCUUCCAGUUUCUCUGCAUCCUGUUUGGGUGGAUAGGAAUGCAUCACAAGCAGUUGCAGGCUAUUAUUAUGUUUACAUGCACAUAUGUAUUGUAUAGCUGUAAAAAACCCCAACAUUUUACACUCUCAGAAAUAAAAAUGUUAAUAAAGAAGUACUUGUUUAUA